CGCAGUUGGAAGCAGGAAGCGGGGGUCACAGGGGGUAUUAGUGAGAAUCGAAGGAGUGGACGCCGAAAGCGAUCAACGAACAUCAUUGGUAACGUAAAAUAAGCUUAAAUUAACGUUUGUUCGGCUUCUCUCGGUUAGAAUAACGUUGCACGUGGGAUGGCGUCGUAGGCGAAACAAAAGCAGCAGUCACAGGCACAACCGAACAUACAUACACAAGCGGACACCUGGGCGGUAGCUGGUGCCUUUAGCGGACGACGACGAUUGCUCCUUGAGAAGAUACCAAGCAGCUCUGUUUGCUCUGACACCGUUUGAAGCGAGUUUUCCUUUCUGUUGAGUACAUUCCGUUUUGUAAUUAUGGCACAAAGAGUUACUUACCGCCGUCGUCUUGCGUACAACACGCGCAGCAACAAGACGAGAGUCAUCAAGACUCCUGGCAACCAAAUUCGCAGCCUGCACAUCAAGAAGCAGGGCAAGAUUCCUCGUUGCGGUGACACUGGUGUUGUCUUGCAGGGCAUCCCUGCCAUGCGUCCUCGCGAGUUUGCUCGUCUUUCCCGCCGUCAAAAGACUGUCCAACGUGCUUACGGUGGUUGCCUGAGCGCAAACGCAGUCAAAGACCGCAUUGUGCGUGCCUUCCUCAUCGAGGAGCAGAAGAUCGUCAAACAGAAGCUCAAGCAAAUGGCCCUCAAGUAAUAGAGUUCUAGUCAGAGUCAUGUGUGAAGCUGUGUGGGGA